UCAAUAAAUAUNUAGGAUGAAGCAAAAAGGAGUUUAAUGAGAGCAUUAAUAACAGGACCAGAAGGAUCACCUUUUUCCAAUGGCUGUUUUCAGUUUGAUAUUUAUUUCCCUUCAAAAUAUCCUGUAAAACCACCUAAAGUUAAUUUCAGAACAACUGGGAAGAAAAAUGUCAGAUUUCAUCCAAAUUUACCUGUAAAUGGCAAAGUAAUUCACCCAUUACUGAACAAAGAAACACAAGAUGAAUUUUGGCAAGAGAACUGUUCUAUAUUACAGGUAAAAAAGUAAUUCAAAUUAUCUAAA